CUAAUUAGUUAAUCUAACGUAUAAAAACGCGGUCAUUUAAUAUAUCGAUUAGGGAAGUCGCGUGUGAAUAAGGACAUGCCAAGUUUGUUCUAUUGAUUAUUGCAAGCUUGACCAGUCCAGUCAGUGAUAACAACGAACAGACAAAUGAAUAGCAAAACAGUUGAAUACGAGCUUGUCAUCGCGUUGAAAGGAUUCAACGUUGUUUCGUUUAUACGGAACGGAACGAAAAGUAACAAGUGAACGUAAGGAAAUCGUACGUCGCGUAUCAAAAACCGGAUCGUUCGUGACUCGAUGUAGUUUCAUCGAUCCAUGGAACGCAUCCUUGCUUGUCUCGUUACCUCUUAAUGAAAUCGAACCAUUUUCAAUCAAUCCGAGAUUUGACGAUUUAAAAUGGUUACUCAUCUAUCCAAUAUUCUAUCGAAAGGAGAGAAUCAUGUUUAACUUGUGACAUGGCUCGCUUCUACUACGAAUGUAACACAGAUUUAAAAAAUUAUACCGAAGACAGUGAAACUAUCAAGCCUUACGCUUGUACAUCCGACAAAUAUUGUUUGUAUUGUUGUUGUAACUCGCAGUGUUGCUUAUUGGUACAAAGACGGCCUCCACGACAUUUUUGGGAAGCCUGGUACUUUUGGCUAGGCAUUGCUUUACUCGCUGUUUUUAUCGUAUCUUCGGUGAGCAGUUACAUAGUGAGUAAUUGCAGACAUAAUAUUCAAGGUGUACCACUAAGACAUAGCGCACAUGGGAAUCGACGAAACGAUCGUGGCGGUCAUUCGACAAACAACCAAAAUGAAAUAUCGAUAAGCAUAAUCCCAACCUCGGAAUUUUUCCCAUCGCACAGAAAAAUGUUCGUGAUCACCUCUCAACCAGCCGUGAAUCAUCUGACCCCUGUCGUUGCGUGAAGUCGUUUCAUUUUAACGGAGCGAUUAUGUCGGCGAGAAGGAUCCAGCGCAAAGAGCUGGAAUCACAUCAUCCUAUGGCGGUUUACGCGGUAAUGCUUCUUGAAAGACACCGCGUGUUUCAUCGGCCGGUGGUUUGAUCGGCUAGAACGUCAUCAUGGCCUCGUCGUUACAUCGCGGGAAAUAUUUACGAUAAAUGCAUCUUUUUUACUUAGCCCCAGGAUAUAAUAACUAUAAGCGGUUUAAACAGCUACCAGAUCACGACACCAACAUUCUGGCCAAAUGAGAAACGAUUUUACCUAAGAGCAUACGCCUCGUAAUGAUCAAUUUGACAGCGAAGCUAGUUAGAUCGCGAUCCAAUCCCUACUUUCGUUCUUAACUCGCCACACGCGAUGCGAUCUUAUAUUAUAUAUCAUGAAAACUUCCGGUCGGCCUGUUACGAUUAAGCGAUUUACCGUUUCAAUGGGGGUGAAAAAAGAGAAAGAGUUUGAAAAUAUCGAAUAAUAUAGGAUCGGAAACCGAUACCGUGAAUAUAACUUCUAUCGAUCGAUUUAAUCGUUUCCAGAAUUACAAAUCAUCGGACCUGUAUUCGAUUAGAUCAAUCGCUUCUAUAUUUUAUAUCGGAGUAAUUUAGAUUUUUUUUUUUUUUAAAUCCUGAUUCCAUUUGACUGAGCGGAGCGCAACCCGAUCGAAACUCGUUCUCGAGAUCUCGAGAAUGGAAGUAACUACCAUUAACAAUUAAGAAGACACACUCGAACCCGGUCGACGUAUCUGACUGGGUACCAAGAAAUCGGGGGCUAAUUAAAAAGGACAAUCGAGCGAAUACAACUCAAGGCGACGUGUACUCUUUAUCUUCUCGCGCAUCUCUCUUGCCCUCUCUUGCUUCCUCUUUCCGUACCUUUACAUCUUUCUCUUUAUCCGCUCAAUUCCUCGUCUUCCUUUUCCCCGCGACUCGUUCCUACCGCUCUCUGUUUUCAGAUCGAUCCAGCGAUAGCGGUUAAUCGCGGUAAUCUUCACAGAGGAGAGGAAUCACGAAAAACUUUGCCGCUCGUCCAAUCGUAUCGCGGUGAACGCGGAAACAUGCACGCAUUUCAAAAUGAUAAAAAAUGAAAAUGAUCACUGUUGAUCAUCCGAAUCUGAAAGUUAUUCGAGCGACGUGCUCAUAGAGAUUUCUUAGAAUCGAGAGAUUAGAGUUUAGAUCUCGUGCCACGUGCCUCGAAUCGCCUUCGGAAAAUGAAAGGAUUUGAUGUAAAUUUUCAUUGUCUCGUUCCAUUUGCGUAAUGAUUGGCUGUGACAGUGUCAAUUUGAAACAGCGAUUUUUUCGCGAAGCAAAAACGUCUCCGUCUUUUUUUUCUUCUUUUUCUCGAAAUGUUAGUUACAAAAAAUAAUACGUUUAUUUUAAUACGAAAUAACGUAGGUUACAAUGUAUAAUAUAGAUAUAUAUAUAUAUAUAGAUCACGAUAUCUUUCUCACGCGAGAAAAUGUAUUAAUUAAUAUGCAUCGAAAGAUACAGAUACACGUUUGACAUUUUGCACAAGUGUGAUUGUAAUUAGCUGCGUAGGAUGGGAGUGGAAACUACUGUGCAUGAUUACCAUAAAAUUCUAUAAAUACACACGAUUAAUAAUAUAUUUCUAACCUUCUUUUUAAUUUUUCGCCAAUCCCACGCUACAAUACGGUUGCCCAAUGUUGCAACAUGCAACGCCAGAGCUGAAAGAUUUACACUUGUUGAGAAAAUCCAGUUCUCACGAUUGAUUUAAUUGGGGUUAAUUAGACUACUUUCGUCGUGGGUGAAAUUUUGAAACGA